AUGUCCCAGAAAAGUACACUUUCAGAGGCAUCUUUUAGCCCAAGAGAGACAGCUACAGCGCCCCUCGAAGAUGAUGUCAUGGCUGCCAACACUGCAAACCCUUACUUCACCAAACCAUACUACCCAGCAACUAUAGGAAACCCGUUAGGCGUGUCAAUACCUGUAACACGCAGCUCCUGUUUGCCCCGUAAUAAGAAAGUGCUCGUUGCAAACAAAAAUGUAGAGAAUAACGCCGUUGCCGUCGAAAAGCCGUCUAGAAAAUGCUACAUAUCGGAGAUGAAAGACGUUGUUUCGGGUGAUGUGCAACAUGUGAAAGACAUGACACACAAGCGGAUACUACAAAAAGAUACACGCAAAGCAGGUCCCCAAACAAGGCAUAAUGUAGGAAGAGGUAGUGAUCUUGAGAAGGUUUUUGACCCUCUUCCAAAUGUACCACCCCCAUCAUUGGCAGGCGCAAAUAACACCAACUCAUCAAGAGUAAAUGUCCCUAUUUCAACAGACAUUAUUGACAGCCUCCAAAGCAGCAAUCAACCGAGUCCUAUAGCCCCUCAAUUAAUUCGUAGUGGGGUGCAUUAUAUAACCAGUGAAGAAAGAGCGCAAAGGGACAGACAGGUUGUACAUGCGUUGAAUGUGAUUUCACAAUCAAUGGAACCAGCAGUUCGAACUGUAGACGCUGUGAGAGAGCAUAUCUUGAAAUGCUGUCACCCUGAAGAAGGUGCCAAGCCAACUAAGGUCCAAGAACUUGUCAGUUUCCUGUUGGGCAUCCCAUUUGCAGUUGUACGGUGUCUUUGGAACUUUGUAGCACUCCAGGCAUACUUGAUAUUCAACUUAACACUAAUUUUUGGGCUUUUUUUGGGGUUUCCAAUUCAUCUGGGGUUGUUUAUCAUUGGUAUGUUUUUAUUUUGGCUAAAGAUCAUAUAUGAUGUCAUUCAGGAUAUCAUGCAUAGGGAUGAUCCUUUAUACCAAUCGAACUUGUCUGCAGAUGCUACAGUAGGUACUUUAUUGAGUGCAUCAGUGGCAAUUUACUAUACCUAUAGUGAACAACGACAGAAAACUUUUGGUGUAGUGUGGGCAAAUGAUAAUCCUAAAUAG